UAUCUUGGUAGGCCCCACAGGACUUUGUGUUGCAGGAGACGUGCGUCCGCUGCAAUUCCUCAACUCCCAACUCUCCCUCAACAAAGCAGCCUCGCUCCCUCUCUCUCGCUCUCUCUCAAAUGGCCACUCUUUUUUAUAAAAUCCCGCCAAAACGUCUUCAUCUCAGCCGUCUAAUCUCCUCCCAAUACCAAACAAUUCUUCAACCCUUCAAAAUCACCAAAAUCUGCCCAACAUACAUACAACAAAUCCAUCAAUCCCCCCAUUCCAAAAAUCCCAACUGCUUUCCCCCCAAAAUUCCAUCCGCAUCGGUCGACCGGAUCUGCUAUUCUAUCCGUCGAUGCUAUGAAGAAGGCGACCGGAGGCUUCUUUCCCUACGGAUUGAUUCCUGUUUGAGCCCUGAACAGUUAGUGACAGUUUCUGCAAGGUUGGUAGAAGAAGCUGGGCCCGCUGUUGCCCUUAUCUUCUUUGAAUGGGCGGUCGGCCGCACCGAAUUCCGCCAUUUCAUGCGUUUGUAUAUAACGAUCGUGGGUUGUUUGGUCGAGUCGGGUGAUUCGGAGAGGGCCCACGAAGUCUCACAGCGGAUGGUGAGGAAUUUUGCGGAGAUUGGGAAGUUGAAGGAAGCCGUCGAUAUGGUCAUCGAGAUGCGGAACCAAGGAUUGCCGCUCAGCAUCCACACCAUGAACUUAGCUCUUCGUAUAGCGGUCGAAUUGGGUCUGAUCGAAUUGGCAGGGCAUGUGUUUGUGGAAAUGACUGACAGAGGGGUUUCACCCGAUUCUUGCAGUUUCAGGACAUUGAUUGUUGCAUACUGUAAAGCAGGCCGCAUUGAUGAGGCAGACAAAUUGUUGAAAUCAAUGAUGGAGAGGGGAUUCUGCAUGGACAAUGCCACAUGUAGUGUGAUUGUCAAUGCGUUUUGUGAAAUGGGUCGCCUUGGGCGGGUGUUUGGGCUUUUUGAGAAGAUGUUGGAGGCAGGCCAUGCUCCGAAUGUGAUCAAUUACACCGCCCUCAUUGAUGGGUUGUGCAAGAGGGGCAGUGUGAAGCAAGCAUUUGAAGUUUUGGAGGAGAUGGUUGGGAGAGGUGGGAGACCGAAUGUGUAUACUCACACCACAUUGAUCGAUGGCCUCUGCAAGAAAGGGUGGACAGAGAAGGCAUUUCGGCUGUUCUUGAAGCUCAUAAGGAGCAGCACUUACAAGCCAAAUGUGCGCACUUACACGGCGAUGAUUGGAGGGUACUGCAAGGAGAAUAAGCUAAAUCGGGCGGAGAUGUUGUUGUCGAGAAUGCAAGAACAGGGCUUGGUUCCAAACAGCAAUACAUAUACUACUCUGAUCAGUGGGCACUGUAAAGGGGGGAAUUUCGAUCGAGCAUAUGAGCUGAUGGAUAGAAUGGUGACAGAAGGCUGUGAUCCCAAUAUCUGUACUUACAACGCGAUCAUCGAUGGCCUCUUCAAGAAGGGAAGGCCUCAAGAGGCUCAUAGGCUGCUUGAAAGAGGAUUCAAGUGUGGACUACAAGCAGAUCGAGUGACAUAUACCAUUCUCAUCAGCGAGUACUGCAAGCAGGCCGAUGCUAAGCAGGCGCUGGGUUUGUUUGAUGAGAUGGUCAGGGUCGGUUGCCGGCCCGAUAUUCACACGUAUACGGCAUUGAUUGCCAUGUUUUGCAAGCAAAAGAGGAUGAAAGAAAGUGAGAGACUCUUUGAGGAAGCUCUUGGAUGUGGAUUGAUACCGACCAAGCAAACGUAUACUUCCAUGAUUUGUGGGUAUUGUAGGGAUGGGAAUGCGAGCUUUGCUUUGAAGUUGUUCAGUCGGAUGGCUGAGCACAGUCUUGUAGCUGAUUCUAUUACUUAUGGAGCUUUGAUAAGCGGGCUUUGUAAAGAAUCCAGAUUGGCAGAGGCCCGCACAUUGUAUGAUGCGAUGAUAGAUAAGGGUUUGUCACCUUGUGAGGUUACUUCCAUCACUCUUGCGUAUGAGUAUUGCAAGAGAAAUGAGUCUGCCAUUGCUAUGGUUGUCUUGGAUAGAUUGGAAAAGAAGCAGUGGGUUCGAACUGGGAACAUCUUAGUUAGGAAGCUCUGCAGCGAGGGGAAUGCGGAGACUGCUGCUAUUUUUUUCCGUAAACUGUUGGAUAAGGAUCGGAAUGCAGAUCGUAUAACUUUAAUGGCGUUCUUGAAUGCAUGCUACGACAGCAACAAGUAUUCUGUUGCUUCUGAUUUAUCCGAGAGGUUCUCAAAAGAGAUUGAUCAUCUUUAUACUAGGAAUGCAGAAACAGUUUCCUGAAUUUCAAUCAGCUGUUCUGUACUUCCCUUACCAACUGAAUCUAACGGUUGUCAGACGGAAUCAUGAUCUGAUAGGUUUUUUCAAGAAAAGGGAAACCUUCCUGAGCAUGAAAGAAAGAGUAGAGUGCGAGGGAUCAAAAGGCUUUUAAAUCUUCCUUCAAAUGCUGGGAGUAUUUUUCAUCAGUAUGGACAUUUCUAUACUCAUCAGUGUGGGCAAUUUUCAAGCAAGCUGAACCCAUGUAUGUUUGGGAAGGCCUCUAAUGGUUGUUGGAUGGAGCCAUGAUCUGAGUGGAUUUUUCCAGAAAAGGGAAACCCCUCGAGCAUCAAGAAAAGUGUAGAGUGUAUGGGAUCAAGAACAUCAUAAAUCUGCCUUGAAACACAGGGAGUACUUUUCAUCAGGGUGGGCAUUCUUUAAGCAAGCUGAAAGGCCCUGUGCCUGCAAGCCUCGAAGGCUAAGGUCUUGUUUGGAUAUCUUGCCAUGCCUGGACGGAUAAUUGUGCAGGACUGUGCAUCAGCAUGCAUUAGUGUUGUGCUUGGAUGCAGUGUUAGAUUGAUUUGCCACCAGUAGUCUCGCAAAGUUGAGAAGUACCAAACUGUAAGUACCUACCUAUGCUUUCA